ACUGUGUCAUUAUUUUGCUGCCUUUAUUCUGUUCCCUGUCUGAUCAGUUAUAUUAUUGUGAAUUAAAUUUAAACUGGUUAAUUAUGCAAGCAACCUCGCAGUAUGGCAGACAGAACCUAGACCGUACUUGAUGAAGAUCAUUAGCUUGGCCGGUGAUGAGUUGGUUAACUUAGUUUGUCUUGUAUAAAAUCCAAAAUUCAUGAGGACCAUAGGCAAAUAGCAGUUCAUUCACAUACAGUCGAAGCUAUGCAUGAUAAUUUAUCUAUGGGAAAUGAAUGUUGUCUUUCAAUCACAAGAAAACAAUGUACUAUCAACUUGCAGAGCAUUUUACUCCAAAUCAAUCCUCUAAAUUAACGCAUCUGGCAUAUGUGCGCGAUUGCAGCAGCUGGGAGCUGCAGCGCUGAGGGGAGGGCGGAGUGUCAAUCACUCGCCGCGCCGCAGGGGCUGCUGGGACAGGGGCCUAGUGCGGCGCUUGACCGAGUGGCUGGUGUGUGGUAGCGAGGAAGAACAAAUAACUGGGGCAGGGGGAGCAUCCGAGGCGAGGGAGACACGAAAGUCAAGCCGCCGCUUUCCUUCUGAAGGCGGGAGUGCCGGGCGGGCCGCAUCAUGACUACCGCCGUGGUCCAGGUCUCCAACGUCUCCCCGGUGGCGAGCAGCGAGCAGCUGAGGACGCUCUUCAGCUUCCUGGGAGAGAUCGAGGAGUUCCGCGUCUUCCCUCCCGACAAUUCGCCUAUCCCAGUUUCGUCAAGGGUAUGUUACAUUAAAUAUCACGAUCCCGUGAGUGUUGGUGUGGCCCAGCAUCUAACAAACGUGGUUUUUAUAGACAGAGGCCUGAUUGUUGUACCCUUUAAUGAAGGUAAAAUCCCAGAUGAAUCCAAAGCCUUGCCCCUUUUGGCUCCUGCCACUUCUGUUACAGGACUGAUGUCUGGUGCAGGAUUGCUCCCAGUACCUACUUCAAACCCUCUGGCUUCCAUUACUGCAGUCGAAGCAACCGCAAGUGCAAUGGGGACUGUUGUUGGUUCUGUCCCUAUUACUACACUGGGAGCACUACAAGCUGGACUCGAUCCUUCCCUAACAGCAUUAGGAAUAAGCUCUCAACCUCCAACGAUGGGCAAUGUCGAUCCUUCCAAGAUUGAAGAAAUUAGAAGAACCAUUUAUGUUGGAAACCUGAAUUCACAGACAACAACAGCAGACCAGCUACUAGAAUUUUUCAGCCAAGUGGGUGAGGUGAAAUUUGUACGUAUGGCAGGAGAUGAGACACAGCCAACCCGAUUUGCCUUUGUGGAAUUUGCUGAGCAGUCUUCAGUUCUACGAGCCUUAGCCUUCAAUGGAGCCAUGUUUGGGGACAGACCAUUAAAAAUCAAUCAUUCUAAUAAUGCGAUCGUGAAGCCUCCAGAGAUGACACCACAGGCUGCUGCUAAAGAGCUUGAAGAAGUGAUGAAGAGAGUGAGAGAAGCCCAGUCCUUUAUAUCAGCAGUUAUUGAACCAGUGGCGGAAAAAGAAGGUGCUGAAACAAACAGAAGAUCCCGAUCCUAUUCCCGAUCACGAAAGAAAAGAUCUCGCUCCAGUUCAAAACAAAGACACUCCAGGAGUAGAUCACAACAUAGAUCUCCCUCAAGGCACAAAGACAGGCGUGAUUCUAAGAGUCCUCAAGCAAAGCGUUCAAGAUCAAAAGAUAGGCGAAGAUCAAAAAGUCCUUCCCAAUCAAGGGAAAAGAAGCCCGAAGGAAACAGUAAAGGGAAGGAAGAAAGCAAAGAUGGAGAUGCGGAAGAUGGGAAAAAGAAAGAAAAGAACUCCAGCACUCCACCAAGAAGAAACAGCUCAUGCAGAAGAUCUCGAAGUUCAAGCAGAGAAAAAUAUAGAAAGAAAAGCAGAAGUUUAUCAAGAAAAAGAUCCAAGACGCCUAAAAGGAGGUCUAAGACGCCAAAAAGAAGGUCCCGGUCACCACGCAGGAGGUCCCGGUCGCCGAGGAGGAGGUCCCGGUCGCCGAGGAGGAGGUCCCGGUCGCCGAGGAGGAGGUCCCGGUCGCCGAGGAGGAGGUCCCGGUCGCCGAGGAGGAGGUCCCGGUCGCCGAGGAGGAGGUCCCGGUCGCCGAGGAGGAAGUCCCGGUCGCCGAGGAGAAGGUCCAGGUCACCGAGGAGAAGAUCCAGGUCGCCGAGGAGGAGGUCCAGGUCACCAAAAAGAAGACCCAGGACACCAAAAAGAAGGCUUUCCAAAUCUCCAUCUCCAAGAAGAAAUAGGAAAGAGAAAAGAAAAGACAAAGAUAGAGAACAGAGCAAAGAUGGAGUUGAGAACAGAGAAAAUUCAAGCAGCCAAAGUGUAGACAAAAGUAAACGCGAUCAUUCCACCUCAAAGAAGAAGAAAGAGAAGGACAAGGAGAAAGAGAAGGACAAGGAGAAAGAGAAGGACAAGGAGAAAGAGAAGGACAAGGAGAAAGAGAAGGACAAGGAGAAAGAGAAGGACAAGGAGAAAGAGAAGGACAAGGAGAAAGAGAAGGACAGGGAAAAAGGGAAAGACAGGGAGAGGGAAAGGGGGAAAGACAGGGAAAGGGAGAAAGAGAGGGAAAAAGCAAAAGGCAAGGAGAAGGACAAAGACAAGGUGAAGGAGGAAAAAGAUGAGGGGAAAGAUGCAGUGAAGGAGGAGAAAGAUGCAGUGAAGGAGGAGAAAGACGCAGUGAAGGAGGAGAAAGACAUGGAGAAAGACAGGGUGAAGGAGGUGAAAAGUGAGGGGAUAGAGGAGGGGAUAGAGGAGGAGAAAGAUGAGGGGAAAGAAAAGGUGGAGGAGAGUGAUGAGAGGGAGGAGAAAGAUGAGGUGAAAGAGAAGGAGGAUGAGAAAGACAAGGCAAAAGAAGAGAAGGAUGAGGAGAAGGAGAAAGAAGAGCAGAAAGACAAGGCAAAGGAUGAGGAGAAGGAGGAGAAAGAAGAGCAGCAAGAUAAGGCAGAGGAGGAGGAGAAAGAAGAGCAGAAAGAUGAGGCAAAGGAGGAGAAGGACGAGGAGGAGGAGAAAGAUAAGGCAGAGCAGAAGGAUGAGGAGAAGGGCAGAGAAGAAAAGGACAAAGAACAAGACUGCAACAUCAAGCUGGACAAGAGUGAUAUCAAGGUGGGAGAAGACUUUGUUAACGAAGAUGGUUUUAACAUUGGCAAAAGCAAAGACAUCACAGGACCCAGGAGUGAGGUCUUGGUUGAUGUUAAAGAAAAUGGUAACCACAACCUGAUUCAACCUAGCACAGAAGAAGCACAAAAGUCUGAGAAUAUUCUUUUAGUUAAUGUUGAAGAGGAAAAUGGGGCGAAAACAGACACUCUAUCUAUGGACUUAAAUGAUAUGCAGAACAAGUCUGUUUCUUUGAUUGAAGAAGAUUGUCUUUAGCAACUCAGUCUUUCUAGAAUGGUUACAUAUCUGUGUGACAUCUUUAAUGAAUCCCUGAACUGGGUGUUUCUUCAAUCUUCAAACAGUUAGAAUGAAAGGAACCUGUAUUGUAAAAGUAUGCCUUGUCAGCUCAUGAACUUACAAACAUAGAAUGGAUAGAUCUGUAAGUAGUGUCACUCAGAUUAAAAAUGACAAAGUCCCACCUUUGUCAUGAAGGAACUGUAAAUAUAUGUAUUACUUUUUUAAGCUUACAUAAUACCCAUAUUUGCCUUCACAGAAUUUUGUUAAAUCUGUAAGAUGUACGUAUAUUAUUUUGCUAGUAUUGUUAAUGAGCAGAGGGAAUGGUAUCAUACUCCCGCUGAUUAUUUUAUGAACAAUUUCAUCAUCUGGAAUUUUUUCACUCCUUGGAGCUGUAGAUUUGGCUGUUUGCCAAAGUAUUGAGAACUGAAAUAAUUCCCACAGCAUGAUACACAGAACAGAACGAGAUACAUGUUGACCACAUGUCAAAUAAAAUUGACAUUUCCAAUCUCUGCAUCUUUCUAUUUGUACUUUUAGAUUUGGAGAAAAUAUAAAACCAAGCUUUGUAGGAAAAUGCAUUCAAGAUAGCAUAAGUUUUAUGAUGUGAUAGGCAAUGAUGUUACACAGAAACAAUGCUAGUAUCACAAUUGAAUGUGUCCACUUUAGUUUUCUGAUUAUUAUUGUUAGAUCAGUAUACUGGCUCUGAUUGGGAUUGAAAAGAAUAAUACUAAUUUAUUUACGGUUUAUGGAAUUCAUAAAUCAAUUUUGAGUGUUUCCACAAAUUAUUUUUGUUACUGAAUGCUAUAAACUAGGGUCAUUUUUCACAAGUGUUUUGCCUCUUCUUACUGGUACAUCACUGAUUCUAGAUAAGCUCUAACGAAUUCAUGAACAAACUUACCAAAACUGGACCUGUGAGGUUUAGUAGAUAGAGCAAUAGCAAUGACAUAAUGGUACCUGCUGGCUACAUUAAAUCUAAAUGUCCUAAACUGAUGCUAAAUCAUGCCAGUUAGGAAGUUCCCAUGUUUAGUGAACUGAUGGGUUACUUUCAAUUUGGGAUUUGGCAAAUGGAUUCAAUGCUGUGGAAGAGAAAAGGAAUUAGCAACUGGGCUGUAUGAUUUUAAGUACAGUUCCUGGCCCUUACAAGAAUUGUGAAAAUGUAAAUUUUAAUCAAGGAUUGGUUAUAUUGCUCAAAAUACUGUAAGACUCUUGAUAGCCAUUGAACAUUAUUCUUUUAUGACAUGCCAACUUCAGAAGAGGGAAGUAAACUGAACAAGGAAUGCAGUAGCAUAAAAUAUUCUAUCAAUUCUAAACUAUUCAUUUUAACCCAUUAUUUCUAAGAGACCAGUACAGUAUAUGGCAAAAAGGAAUUACCUCAACCUCUUGAUUUUUAUGGGCUAAGGUGCUGUAAAAUAAUGGUGAAUAUUUAUAAGUAGUUAAUGGAACACUUUUCUGACAAUAGUGCUUAUUUCUGUUUUAUUAAUUUCCAUUAUUUUCUAUGCCAAUUGAUUGUUUUGACCUAAUUAACAGGAAAAAUGGUUAAGCUACAUUAAUUGCUCUUCAUGACCCAGUUCAAUACAACUAAAAUCAAAUAGAUGGUUUUUAAAGGUCAUAGUUUGUCUGCUUUGUUAUUCUAAACUAUCGUUGAAUGUUUUGGAGAAAAUAUGAACUGUCCUUGAAUUCUUUGUGCUGUACCAGGAUAUACUAUGCUGUACUAUGAUACACAGUUUGUAACAGCUCCAAAAUUAGUCUUGUUAAAAUGAGCAUCCAUCUAUUCAGAGUCCAAAUAACCAUUUCAUCAAUUUUACAAAAUAACUCAUGAUUUAUUAUUUCUUCAUUCAUCGAACCAAUAACACAGUGAAAACGUUUGAUUUCUCAUGAUAGAAGUUCACAUUUGAAAAAUAAGCUCCAGGCCUGUACUGCUUACAUUUUGAAAGAUGCUGUGUGUUACAGUGCAGUAUAUAGAAUGUUUACUGACAUUUUGUAAUAUUUAGCAUUUGUAAGACAGUGAAAGUCUGCAAAGAUGCUAUUUGUAUGUUGUGUUCAACUGUGAAGUGCAAUUUUCUAUUAAAAUUUAUUAUACAAAAAGAACCACUCAUAAUACAAAACUUGUAAAUUGAUUAGUUGCUAAUUACAAUCUAUUUCAAAAAUGUGACUGGAGUCAUCUUUGUAGCACUAAGAGCUUGUUAUGUGAUACCCAUUUACAAAUAAUCGCAUAUUGAUAACGUGAUUAUUUGUUACAACUGUUUCUUUUUAAUUGUUCAAGAAUUAAUAA